AUGGCAGGAUUAGAAUCUAUGGUGGUUGAAGAGGUUAGACCGGCAGAGAAGCCUGUUGACAGAGAAAAGACGUGCCCCCUUCUGUUACGAGUAUUUUGUUCAACUGGAAGGCACAAUUCACCAGGUGACUAUGCUAGAGGUAAUGUUCCUCAAAAUGAGCUGCAAAUAUAUACGUGGAUGGAUGCUACAUUACGGGAAUUAACAGGGUUAGUAAAAGAAGUUAAUCCAGAAACUCGACGCAAAGGGACAUAUUUCGACUUCGCUAUAGUAUAUCCUGAUAUGAGAUCACCCACUUAUCGUAUGCGAGAAAUUGGAGUUACUUGUUCUGGUCAACGUGGUGGUGAUGACAACAAAACACUUGCUCAAGUGAAAUUUCAAAUAGGUAAUUAUUUGGAUAUUUCAAUAACGCCACCAAACAGAAUGCCACCUCCAAUGCGGAGACCCCAACCAUAUAUGAAUAAUCGUCCUUAU